AUUAAAAGGUUUCCAACUUCCUUCAAACUACUUACCUGUUUGAACAGCCAUUACUCUUCAAAGUUUUUGAUUGUCUGUAAAUCACAGAUUCCCCAUGAUCAAGGUGCUACAUAAAUGCAAGGCCAUUCUGCUCAUCUCGUCAUAUUCUUCUCAACUUUAGUGGCCGAGCUGAGGUCCUUUGUCCCUCACUUGGACUCCUCAAAACAAUUUCUAUUUAUUAACAUGCCUUGCUUGGCAGAGAACCGUAGAAACAAAACUAAAGAAAGCAGUUGUUGCCUUAAGUCAAAGGGUCAAUAACAAGAGGCAAUAAUGUUAAGGCAAAGGUCAGGUGGUUUACAGGGGAUUUGAGGUGAAGUUUUUAGCCCAGAAGGUGGUGGUGGCAGCAGGACUUGGAAUGCCCAGCCUGGGGGAGGGGGGGGGUGGUCAUUAAGGCGGGUAAUCUUAACCUCUAAAAACAACUUGGAUAAGCACUUAACAUCAUACCAUUCAAGGCUAUGGGCCUAGUGCUGGAAAGUAGGAUUAGUGUAGAUUUAGUGCAGUUUUGACAGUACAGACCUCAUGGGCCGAUGGGCCUCUUCUCUAUUGUGUAACUCUAUAUGGAACUAAAAAAAAAACACAAUACAAUCUAAGCUGUCACAUUCUUCUUGGUAAUUUAAAGCAGAAAACACACUCUUCCAGUUUUACUUUUCUAUUAAAAAGUUGUCAGGGGUUCAUAUCAGCACAAUGUUUGAAAGCAAAACAAAAAACCCCUCCAAUACACUGUCCUGUGAUAAGUUAAUUCAAUUAUGAUGGAUAUAUAGGCAGUUCUCCUAUAACACUGUAGUUGCAUUCCAGUGAAACCUCACUUAAUAGAAAUAAUGAAGCCGAUGGGAAAAGUUGGGUUAGGGGCAGACCAUCAAAAAAAAAUCACUAUCAUUCAAACAAAAAAAAACAUCACCCAAAAGUCUAAUGCAAAAUAUACUGCAGCCUGAGUGAAGGCUGAAAUCAUGUUUAUUAACAAAACAAAAGUAAAUUUAGCACAAUAUGUUUGGAAAAUGUAAGAAAGCUGUUCUCUGUACAGCACCUCUCACAGAAAGCUACUCUAUUGGUAGGUGACAUCAGCGCGUGCGCAGAACAGCACCAAGUCUGACACUGAUGUCGCGCAUGCAUGGGUACCGGCAUGUGCGCAGAACUGUAAGAACACAGACAUAAGCAAUGUGCCAGAAAUCGCAUGAACUGAUCCCUGCUGGAAUCGUGCUAUUGCCAAAGGGAUCAGGUCCUCCGGAUUACACCCAGAGAUGAAAAACAGGUGAGCCUUGUGAUGUCCUUGGAGGAUCAGGAGCAUCUCCAGCUUGAUAUCUGGCAUCGUCCUGUCAAAUCUGACCUCUUUAUAGAUGUCCAUGUUCCAGAGAACAGUCUUCAGUCCUUCAAAGUGUUUCUGGAGUACAAUGGUAUUCAGUACUCAGUGAUGAUUGAAGACCUGCAGGUGAUGAUUGACAAUGAGAAAGCUGAACUGGAGCAGAUGACCACGAUGGAACGCUCCACCCUCUCCUUCAACUAUGGCAAAUACCACACUCUGGAUGAGAUCUAUAGUUGGAUGGACAGUCUUGCUAAUGAAUAUCCAGGACUGGUACAGAAGCAGCAAAUUGGGACAUCAUUCGAAGGCCGCCCACUCUACGUGUUAAAGUUCAGCACUGGUGGGACUGGACGCCCAGCGAUAUGGAUUGACAGUGGGAUCCAUGCCCGUGAGUGGGUCUCACCCGCCAGUGCAAUCUGGAUGGCGAAGAAGAUCAGUAGUGACUAUGGCCAGGAGCCCUUUAUCACAUCCUUGCUAAGGAAAAUGGACAUCUUUAUGGAGAUUGUGGUGAACCCAGAUGGUUAUGCUUACACCCACACCAAGAACAGAUUGUGGCGUAAGACCAGAUCCACAGGCCCUGGAAGAAACUGUUUUGGGGUUGAUGCCAACAGGAACUUUGAUGCUGGGUUUGGAGGUCCAGGAACCAGUAACAAAUCAUGCCAGGAGACGUAUCAUGGACCCUACCCUAACUCUGAACGUGAGGUUGCAGCUAUUGUGAAUUUUGUGCAGAGUCACAGAAACAUCAAGAGUUUCAUCACUAUUCACAGUUACUCCCAACUCGUCAUGUACCCCUUUGGCUACAAGUGCGUGCCCCCUGCUGAUUACCAGGAGCUGGAUGCACUUGCUAAGUCUGCUGUCAGCUCUUUAACCUCACUGUAUGGAACACGUUAUAAGUUCGGGUCUAUCUGUGAAACAAUAUACCAGGCUAGUGGAGGCAGCAUUGACUGGACAUAUGACCAGGGCAUCAAGUAUUCCUUUGCCUUUGAACUCCGUGACACAGGUCGCUAUGGUUUCUUGCUACCAUCCAGUCAGAUUCUCCCAACCGCUGAGGAGACCUGGUUGGCGAUAAAGACAAUCAUGAGUUAUGUUAGUGACUACUCAUGAUCUUUAUAUCAACUGGUGGCACCAAAGAACCCAGGAUGGAACAGAGCUGAGAUUAUGGAUAGAUUUCGAUGAUCAUUCACUCUGCCAAACAUUGUAAUUUGAAAUCACCUCCAGCCUCUGUCUUAUUUGCAUUUCUGAAGCAGUGUUAGUAAAUGAAUGAGCAACAAAACCCCACAAAUAAAAAAAAAUAAAAAUCAGAAAGGGACAAUUAUGGCUGAUAUCUGGAAUUCAAUCCUUCCAAUCAGUGUUGAAAAU